AUGGCAAUGAUUAGUGGUAUAGCAACUACAGGUUCUAAACUUAGAUUAAAUUCAUAUUUAACAAAUCACAAUAUCGAGGGAUUCGCCAUUAAAAAUUCCCGUGAACGCUAUCUUAUACCAAGUAGUGAUAACAUUUUUGGUGGUGUUAAAAUUGAAUAUGUCUUCAUUGAUAGUGGCUCAAACUCAUCAUUAUUUCCACUACCAACAACAUCAAACAAAACGUUUGAUAUUGAUGUUUUAUUAAAUAAUUUUCCAUAUAAAAUAUAUCAGUGGUCAAUUGGAACAGCACACAGUGUCGGAUUUUUACCAGAUACAACAUUAAGUAUUAAACCCAAAGUAUCAAAUGAUCCAUCGCUUCGUACAAUAAAGUGUUGUUUGCAUAGUGAUAUCAAACCAUUACAAUUUGAAUUACCAUACAUUAGGUUUGCUUUAGAUAAAGAAGCAAUUAUGGUUUUAGUUGAAACAAAAGAUAUUCCAUUUGUGGAUCCAGAUAAAGAUAUAUUAGAAGAUGCAUUAAACUUUUUCAAUCAAUUUGAAAAACAUUUUCCAUUAAUAACAAGAACAAGCAAACAUGAAUACUGUCUACUUGGACAGCAUUUUUUAAGCAAUCUAUGUACAAUACAAAUAAAUAGUGUUAUGAUCUUUGUCGAUAAAAAUAAAUCACAUCAAAGAUUAUUUCCACGUGAAAAUAUGAAUAUGAAUGACAUUGCUGAUUAUUUAUAUGCUCAACGUCCAUUAUUUACAAGGACAGAAACAUUUAUGUUGUAUAAAGAUGAUGAACAUGGUGAACGAGAUUUAUUGAAUAUUUCGGGUGGAAUAAUCGAUAUUGAUUGGGAAUUUGGAAAUAUUCUUGGAGAUAGUCUGGAAUGUUCAUAA